AACCCCUUUUUAAUUUUAAAGUUAACUGUUAUUGUAUAUGGCUUUGCGGGCAGAACUUUUAUGGGUGGCCGGGCUAGACAUUCUUCGGCUCAAAUGGGUUGGAUGUAUGAGUUGGACUAGACUUUAGACACUUUAGCUCAAGCCUAACCCAUUGAACAACGGCCGGGCUGGCCAAUGACCCACAACAGGUCAGACUGGGCUUUUCCUCAAUGGUCCGUGUGGCUCCCGUCGGCGCAUGAGCUGUCUCUUCUUCUACUCAGAGCAGCAGCCACAAGAACCCAACAGAACAAAUGAGAAAAGAAUGGAGGUCAUGGAGGACACACUGCACCUGCAAUUGCAUAAGCUAUCAGCCCUAAAAUCAGAGGAAGCACUUGACCAAUUGCUUUGCACUCUCUGGAAAACCAGGAAAACCGGUCUCCACUCCCCCCACCAAAAGUCCCACUUCCAAUCUCUCCUCAAUCUGCCUUCUCUUUCACAACUCCAUCCCGUUUUGGCAUGCCUUCGAUCGCUUAUCAGAAAAUGGGUACAUGAAAACUUCACUGGUGAUGACCUUUUGAAGCUCUUCCCUCCCGAUUUACCGCUCGAUUUGCAGAGCAGUUUGGUGGUGUUGUUCCACAAGUAUCAGUCUCAAUGGAAGGAUGAAGUAGCCCGAGAACAGCUGCGUUCAUUGCCAAGGACUAGUGUUUCGUAUCAGGUCAAGACAAGUGUGCCGCCAUCUUUCACGACUUUGGGUAGCUCAUGCUCAUUUAGCGAUUUUGGAGCUUCAUCAACACCGAUUGUUACUGGGACCAAUGCGUCUCGGCUCACUCCCAUGUCUCCUCCAAUUCUUCAGGUGGGAAUUCUACCUCGCCUAAAGUCAAUGACUUGGACCAUGGAGAACUGUAACUCAGGGCCGGCUAAUAGAGUGGCUGUCAUCAAUCUUAAGUUGCAAGAUUAUACCAAAUCUCCUUUAGAUGAAAUCGAGGUGAAGUUUCAACUGACUAGGGACACUCUUGAAGCGAUGCUGAGAUCAUUGACUUACAUCAAGGAACAACUCUCAAGCAUGGUUGGGACUAUUUCUGGGCCAUCACAAAAGAAACAAAAACAAUCGGAUCAUUUGGUAUGAUAUCUUUAAAUGUAUAGCUAACUUGCCUAACAAAGUGUCAUGUCCUUUUGUUCACUUUACCCUUUUUAUUAAUGUCUUGCCCCCAAUCUUUUUUGGAUAUUGAAGGACAUGAACUUUUUCUCUCCAUUUAGUGUAUUGUAUUUUCUAAUACACAUUUAAAUGCCGGAUGCAAAAUGAUAGUUUUGGAAUCAUGUGCAAGAUUUUAAUUUAAUUUGGUCUUUGAUAGUCACUUGUAAGAUGGACCGUUAUUUUAUUUUGGGUCUAUCCUUACCUCUGGGGAAGUUUGUAUCUGGAGGUAGGGAACCUUAGCCA